AUGGACCAACUCGACGGCAUCCAUUUCGCUGAUGGAUUCGAUGAGAAAGACGGGCUUCCUCGGCUGCGAAAGCUUUUGGACUCAAAGUGGAACAUCUCCUCCGACGGCAAAGGAAUCGAGAAGAAAUUCCAUUUCAAGAACCAUACAAACGUUUUGGAUUUUGUCCACUACAUCGGUGUAAAGUGCAAAAGGAAAAACCAUCAUCCUGAGGCCAUCAUGACACAGAAUUCCUUGACCUAUAAAUGGACCACCCACAGGCCGCAAGGCCUAUCCCAGAAGGACUUGGAAAUGGCUGAAUUCUGUGAUGAAGUGGCAAGGGAACAUAUACAAGUAGUUGAUGAACGUGAAGCGCCAGGAUGCGGCCCUGCAAGUAAUCCUUGA